AUGGCUACAUUAGGACGUCCAUUCCGUUUAGGAAUGCUCUAUGAUAUGCGCAGUGACAAGAUAAUAGCGGGUGCUACUCUAUGGGAUCCACAAAACUUGACUAAUAAUACUAGCACAUAUGUGCAACCAUACACUGGAUUCGAAGUAAUUACUGAUGAUUCAUUACAGAAUAAGGCACAUGCUUUAGGAGUUGAGGCUAAUUUAAAAUUAAGUAUGGUUGGUGGUCUUGUCGAUAUAUCUGGUUCUGCGAAAUACGCUGAGAAUUUUCAACAAACAAGACAUGAGACUCGUCUAUCGUUAAAAUAUUCGACUACAACACAUUUUGAACAAUUAACAAUGAAACAUCUCGGUAAAGUGAAUUUGGAUCAUCCGGAUUUACAUGAUGCAGAUCUAGCAACACAUGUUGUUACUGGUGUUCUUUAUGGAGCCGAAGCAUUCUUCGUUUUUGAUCGUACAAUAACAAAAUAUGAAGAUAAAGGGAUAUCAGUGGUACGCUGA